CACAACAAUUUCUAAAACUCGAUGAAGUAAUCAACAUCCAACUCCGCUGCCUAAUGAAUGAGUGCAGAUCAUCUUCUUCUUCAACUCUAUAAAUCCAACUCUAAAACUCUUCCCACCAUCUUCUCCCUCCCGAUCAACACCCUAAACCAAUAGCAAACAUGCUUGGCUGCUUCUCCCGACAGAGACGACCAUACCCCAUUCCUCCCCCACUCCCCAACACCUCCACCUCCUUCUCCAACAACCUCAACUCCCUCUACAACCCCAUCCCCAAUCCAUCCGAACCCCCACAAUCCCCCUCCCAAACCCUAACCCUAACCCUAGCCCACCCCGAUCCGAUUUCUUCCGCCAUAUCCUCCCGCCGCCUGAUUCCCGCGUUUCCAGGUCGAUCCAACUCAAUCGUCGAAUCCGCUGCGGUCUCAAUCGGGAUCCGUGGAUCCGCCGUCGCGAUUCCGACGUACUCGCCGGAACCCUACUUGGAUUUCCGGCGAUCUAUGGAGGAGAUGGUGGCGGCGCUCGGCGUCGGGACUCAUAUCGAUCUCGCCGUGUUGUACGAGCUACUUCUAUGCUAUCUCUCGGUCAAUCGGAAGCAGGCGCAUAAGUAUAUCCUCACCGCCUUUACUGAUCUCCUCCUCGCACUUCUCACGGCCGCCGGGGAUCGCUGAGCAGGUGCAAGAAAAUUACGGAUUUUUAUUUUAUUUGAUUUAAUUGAAUGGUCUGGUGGUGGCUGUUGAGUGUACGAUACUCUAUACUGCUGAAUUUGGGAAAUUAUGUGGAAAAGGAAAUAAAUCCUAGAAUUUGUGGCAGCUAUAGAUAGCUGGCUAGCAGGAGCAUUCAUUGAUGAGGAAUUCGGCAAUCAUCUUAUA